AUGAUUGGCACCCGUGACAACCUGCCUCGGUUUUUUGGCAAGUCGGGUCCGACAGAUGCUGACCCCCGCAAGACCAAGAAAGAUGGCGGUGGAAAAGGGAACUGGGGUCGCUCUGGUGAUGAAGUGCAGGACUAUGAUUAUGCCUUGGCAAAUGCCCGACGUCGUUCAAAUAGCAGCACCCAGGGCCUUGCAGAAUUUAGAACCAAAUUCGAAACUAUCGAGCCUGAGCCUGUGUUCGAGGAAUCUGUCCGCGGGUAUUCUGGGCUGGUGGCGAAUGAAAUUACAGUCACUAAGGUUGAAAGCACCAGCAGCAAUGACAGUGAAAGUGAGCAGAGAGGGGUGAAUCCAUAA